AUCGCCGCGGAGCUAUAAGAGCAACACCUCGUAGAUGCAUUCAUACUUUGGACAGAACGCAGCUGAGACCAUGUCGCAACGAUUUGACUCGUCACCGCCUUUGUUCAUGCGUGACCCGCGGACCAAGGACUGGUUCAUCGCUGGAAACGUACCAUUGUUGCUAACCCUACUGGUCGGCUACGUCUAUUUCGUCAAAGUCAGCGGACCACGCUUCAUGAAGAGCAGGAAGCCCAUGGAACAUCUUAAACCAGUCAUCAUAGUCUAUAACGGGGCCAUGGUGUUGGCCAAUGUGUACUUCUGCUACAAGUUUCUGCGGAGAACCUACUUCGGUGGGGGAUAUAAUCCGGUUUGUCAGGGCAUCGACUUUCAAGCGAAGGACAAGAACACAAUCGGCCUGCUGGAGCUGUGCUGGUGGUACCUGUGGGUUCGGGUGGCUGACUUUCUGGACACUGUGUUCUUUGUACUCCGCAAGAAGGACGCCCACAUAUCGCUCCUGCAUGUUGUGCAUCAUUGUUUGGUGGUGUUUAACGGGUGGUACGGCAUUGCUUACGGCGCUGAUGGGCAGAUUAUGUCUGGUGUGUGCCUCAACAGCUUCGUUCACGUUGUCAUGUACUCGUACUACUUUUUAUCGCUUCUUGGGCCUGCCAUGAAGAAGUAUUUGUGGUGGAAGCGACACCUGACGCAGUUGCAGAUAGCACAGUUUGUCAUAAUUUUCUGUCAUGGUACCAUCCCUUUAGCCAAGGACUGUGGGUAUCCGCGCACGCAUAUCUUCAUAGGAAUUCCACAAGGCGUUUUCUUCCUUACCAUGUUCAUUAAGUUUUACAUGGAGGCUUAUGGUAAACAGCGCAUGCAGCGGGCUGCUAAGGUUCAAUGAUAGCAAACGAUUCUAAGUGUAGUGUAGGAGCGACAACGCUGUGCACGUAACCACGUGUCGUGGGUUGUGCGAUGAACUUUCUCAUGCUCACCUACAACGGUACGCAACGGUGUAGUUGCAGACUCGUACAAGGGAUCACCCGCGCUGUCAACGCAUAGCCGUGUGUGAGGGACGUUUCUGAGUGUGAGUCCCAAACCGUCCGUUUGACUACUUGACCGGUUUCCUAUAGAACAACGAACUGCAUGCGAUCGAUCAUCGCCCCUUUACCAUAGGCAAGGUGCUGGGCCCAUGGUCCAGUCCAGCUCAUACACGCCAAGGUCUGCGUCACCUCUGGGACUUCUUGUCAUCAACAGGCCUCUCCACCCUGCUUUGAUUACCGGACCCCUUAUCAUAUCCAUCAUCAUCUCUCAUCACGUACAAGUGGCACUGGGGCAGCGCCCAGCCUGCUGGCCGGCAUCGGCCCCAUCUCAUCAUCGUAUCUCUAUUUGUGUGUGUGUGUGUUGCCAAGAGGCCUCAGCCUUGCCGCAAUCUUGGGUCCUUGUUCUAACCCUGUGCAGCACCGUCAAUGCCUGCACUCAUUCUACCUGUUCUUGACGUCUACUAGCCUGCUUGAACUCCUCUGACCUCCGAGCGUUUGCCAUGUGAGCUUUAGCACUAUACAUCUCCGGUGGCCGACCUAAUGAACUGCUACCCCCAUCAGUUACGACACACCCGCGUGUGUGAUAUCUCAUUUGCGAGUGUGUACGCCUAAUCUUUUUCAUCGUCAUCCCACUCAUAUAGCAACCCACAUGCACUGAGGUAUGGUACCGCAAUCGUUGCAGUGAACCACCUCAUCCCAUCGUCAUUUAUGUAGCUGUGCUGUGACGAAUUCAACCUCUGUCUAGUAUUUUUUCUUAAUCUACAUCAACAUGAACAUCACGUAGCUGUUAUUGUUGCCAAGAGGACAUGGAAUCGUCUUUUGUCACCUAUUGGUGUCCGCUUCAUAAUUAGUUGCACACGUUUUAUCAGUGCUGCGAUCUCGUUCGUUUGAUCGUCUCCUAUCGUUUAUCGUUUAGACUUGUGGCAGCUCGGAAGCACGUAACGAGAACGGUACCGUACCUGUUAGCUAUAUCACAUGCAGGCUCAAGAAUGUGAUGUUAUCCACACCAAGGGACAAAGGCGCUAUUGGCUUAUCGCGUUUUCGGAACCUUUAUCAUGAGCAUACCUUCACUAAAAUUUCGUGUCACCAUAGAUAAGCCAGGAUAAAUAUCAUUCUGAACGACUCUGAUUUAGCAAGUCUCUCCCUCCUCGUCCCCUCAUUGUAAUUUUACAUCUAAUGCAGUCCCGUCGGCAUUGGGGUAGUGGGUCACAAUCGUGGCGAAUUUCCCCAUUCAUCAUCAUCAGUGUGCUUGUUGUUGUUGUUGCUUUAGCAGUGUGGAGUAUAUCUCAGAGCAUUUGAGCCGGGACAGCAUUUUACUUUGUGUAGGGACACUUUCCACACCAACUCAAGAAGUAACUUUGCCCUACAUCUGCUGUUUGAACAAAAAAAAAAAAAAAAAAAAAACGUCAGGCGUCGUUCAUCCGCCGGCUGAAGUGCACAACACUCACUUUGUGAGUACCUCGCAAAACUACACAACAAGAAAUAAAUGAUGAUGACGACAUGGCUGUACCUCGUAAUGGAAUAAACUCUGGCUGGGCGGAAACCCAUCGUGA